GCCACCCCCACCCACCAUUAACGUGUCUGAAAAGCCAAAGCGAGUCAAACUGAGCUCCGCUCUCACUCCCCCAUGGCGACCGAGGAAGUCAGCAAGCCUCCGAGCCAUCCUACUUACCCUGAGAUGAUAAUGGCGGCGAUCGAGGCGCUGGACGAGAAGGGCGGGUCGAACAAGUCGGCGAUCGCUAGGCACAUAGCAUCGACGUACCAGGACCUGUCGGAGUCGCACGCGUCUUUGCUCACCGCGCACCUCGCCCGCAUGAAGGAGAGCGGUGAGCUGCUGUUCGUCAAGAACAACUACAUGCGGCCAGGGCCCGACGUGCCGCCCAAGCGCGGGCGCGGGCGGCCGCCGAAGCCCAAGCCGGAGCUGCCUCCGGGCGAGACAGCGGCACCGCGGCCACCGCCACGCCCGCGCGGCCGGCCGCCGAAGCCUAAAGACCCUGUCGCCGCGGCCGUCGCGAAGGCCACCAGCGGGAUGCCCCGGCGCAGGGGUCGCCCCCCGAAGAAGGUUGCUCGGUCGGCGGGGACGGAGGCAGGGUCUUCAACCGCCCCUGCGACAGCGGGAGGAGGGGUUAAGAGGGGAAGGGGGAGGCCGCCAAAGGUGAAGCCAGCAGUGGCGAGCGAUGACGCCGUCUAAGUGAAGACUGUGGAGUGGAAUGUCGGGUCAACCCCUAAUUGAUGACUUCAAACUUACUGUUAUUGUCGUUUUUUCCUCCCUUUUUUACUUUAAUUUAUUGUCUAUUGCUGUUAGGUUAAUUUGGUCGGGCUGUUUGGGGGAAGGCAAAGAUGGAUGUCUGUAACGUGUACAUUAUGGUGAGAUGUCGUGGUUGACUACGCUAUUGGAAUUGACCGCCGUGAUCAGUGUUGUGUUUACUC